AAGACUUUAGGGUGGGAACUCCGGGAGGUGGCUGUCCGGAAUCUAGGCGACGGGGCGAGACGGGGUCGGUAGGUGGCCGGAGGGGCCAGGCCCCGAGACCCCCACCGGGGCUUCUUCGCUCCGGCUGCGGAGGAGGAGGAGGAGGAUGAUCUCCAGAUACACUCGGAAGGCCGUGCCGCAGACUGGGGAUCUGAAAGGAAUAACAAAGCAUGCUCUUAAUCAUCACCCCCUUCCAGAGCAACUGGAUGACAUUUCCCCUACCAAUGACAGCCAUGAAAAAGACACAAGUUCUCAAAGUGAAUCUGAUAUUACCCAAGAAUCACCUUUUAUAUCAACCGACACCGGGAAUUCCAGGUCUGCUUUUCCAAGUUAUACAGGCACAGGGAUCUCCACAGAAGGCAGCUCGGACUUCUCCUGGGGAUAUGGUGAACUUGACCAAAAUGCCACUGAGAAAGUCCAGGCAAUGUUCACAGCCAUUGAUGAGCUCUUGUAUGAGCAGAAGCUGAGUGCGCAUACCGAGAGUCUGCAGAAGGAGUGCCAGCUGUGGACAUCCAGCUUUCCUCACCUCAGGAUUCUGGGUCAGCAGAUAAUGACUCCAAGUGAAGGUUACGGGUUGUACCCUAGGUCCCCUUCUGCUAUUUCAGCUUCACAUGAAGCAUCCUUGUCUCAAGAAAGAGAUUCUACUAUACUUGGUAUUAGGGGAAAGAAGUUACAUUUUCCAUCUUCUUAUGCUCAUAAAGCAUCUUCCACUAUCAAAUCUCCUGGCUUGUCUGCUAUGGAAGGAGACGAGGCAGACCGUAUAAUCUUCUCAGAAGGAAUCGUAGAGGAAUACCUAGCGUUCGAGCACACAGAUAUGGAAGAGGGAUUUCGUGGAAACAAAUCAGAAGCAGCGACAGAGGAACAGAAAUUAGGGUACCCUCCCAUUGCUCCAUUUUACUGCAUGAAAGAGGAUGUCCUUGCUUAUGUGUUUGACAACGUGUGGAGCAAGGUUGUGGGCUGUAUGGAGCAGUUGACACGUAGUCACUGGGAGGGAUAUGCUUCUGAUGAUGAGAGCAAUGCUGAAAUUACCAGAUUGGAUUCGGGAAGUCCCUAUAUGCCAAAUGACCCUCAUCCUUUGAUCUUACCUCAAGUACCGCAGUCAAAGGUGCUGUCUAUCACCUCAAAUCUGAUGAGUUUCUGUCAAGCAAGUGGUCAUCAGACAAAUGCAAAUGGUCUCUUGGUUCAUGGGAUGCCUCUACAGCCAAGGAAUUGUUCCCUGAUGGAUAAACUCCUAGAUCUUGAUGACAAGCUACUUAUGAGGCCUGGGUCCAGUUCCAUCCUUUCAAACCGAAAUUGGCCAAAUCGAACCCUGGAGCUUAGUACUUCAUAUUUGUCAUAUACAGUACAGUCUGCCAGGAGACGCAACCCUCCACCACGUACCCUUCAUCCGAUCAGCACAAGUCAUUCACGCGCUGGAACACCAUGGCCUGCAGAAGAAAUCCUCAGAGGAUCCAGAGUCCCAGUGACAGCUGACAUUCUCUCUUCUCCCGCACCAAUGACCCUGAGUCGAAAUAAUUUGCUGCCACCUAUUGGCACAGCUGAAGUGGAACAUCUGAGCACUGUGGGUUCCCAAAGGCAAACAAAAUCCCACAGUGAUUCUAGUCGAGCCCGAAGUGCAGUGGUGGAUGAGCCUAACCAGCAGCCCCAAGAGAGGCUCCUUUUACCUGUCUUCUCUAGACCCAACACAACUCAGUCAUUUUUGCCAGAUAUGCAGUACCGAAAUUUAUGUGCAGCUGAAUAUCCUCAUCAGGCCCGACCUGGCAGGGGGUUUGCAGGUCCUCUGUUACACAGCUCUGCAAAACCCCAAAGCAGAGGUGGACCAGUCUCUAGAACCAGGCAGUGACUGUAGGGCAAAUGAGAAGAACCCAUUAGGCUGCGGUGGACAGAACACAUGGAGGAUUUUAUGAAUCAGUGCUCAGUCAUCAAAUGAUGCAAAGCGUGUACAAAAGAUCAGCUUGAAUACAUUUUUGAAGAGUUAUUUUGGUACAACUAUCUGAGAAAAAAAUACUAGAGUAUCUGCCAAAUACUGCACAGGCAACUGGUUGUGUGUCCAGUUCUUAAUUUCAUUCAGUGUAAGCUAACCUAUACCACUGGGCAGUAAAGAAUGUACCCAAAGAUGUAACAAUGAGUAAUUACCCCCAAAUCAUUGUUCAUGUUGUCUGUUAAGAAUCAUCAAUUUCUGUGAGAUUCAGUGAGAUUAUACAUACACUAAUGAUGAUUUGAUAUCACUGGCUUCAGAAUAUUUCUGAUUAUAUUAAUUUCUGGAGAACUACACUCAGUUUUAACUUUUUUUCCCCUCCACAUUUUUUUUUUUUUUCAUUACAGCUUUAACAUAUUCUAACUUACUUUUAGGAGAAAGUGCUGCCAACAGUCUGAGCUAUUCAUGAAAUAUGUGUCAUUCCUAAAGCUUUCUUUUUAAAAAAGUUAAAUUACAUUGUAAUUUAUUUUGGUGUGUGUGCAUG